AUGGCUGGUAUCAGCUUCAAUAAUAAGACAUUAUACUGGUUCUAAUGGGCGAAGUGUCAUGUUCCAUUCACCAACUGACUUGAUCUACACCAAAGUUUGUUCAUCCAUUUUGGGUCUUCCUCUCAAGACAAUGUGCACGAACAAUUCUUCAAUCUACAACAGCUAUAUUCUGUCACAGAAUAUUUGCGAGAUUUUGAGAUCAUGUCGGGCUCAGUUACUGAUCUAUCCCUCAAUGCUUUCAAGGAUAUUUUUCUUAAGAGGCUCAAACUUGAAAUUCAGACAAAAAUCUACCAACUUGCCCCUAUAGAUCUUCAUCAAAUCAUGUAG